AUGGAUGAAGUGUUAGUGGAAAACAAGAAAUUAGCCGCUGAAAACAAGAAGGUGUCUGAUAGGGAGAAAAUUCUAGAAAUGCGUGUGAAGAAGUUGGAGAUUGAUAAUAAAGAGUUGGUGAAAAAGAUUGAUUCUGAUCAGUCAGAGAUUGACAUCUUGAAGGUGAGAAUUGCUGAGCUAGAAGAAGAAAAGGCUCGACGAGAUGAGCAAAAUGAAUACUUCAAGUUGAAGAACAAAGAAUUUGAAGCAGCUAAAGAGUUAAGAGAUCACGAGUUCUAUAUGCUGAACAAAGUUGUUGAAGGCAUGCUUGGAACAUCGGUAGAGCAAAAGUUUGAAGAGCUGCAAGUUGAAGAGCUCAGAGCUGAACGUCAAGCCAAAAUCGAUGAACAAAUGAAAGACAAAGGCAAAGGAGUUGAAGGUAGUUCUGCAAUGACUGAAAGAUCAAUUGUUCCUUCAAUGGUUGUUGAUAAUCCCAAGCCUAUCUCUGCUGUUUCUGGUCUAUUUGAGGAUUAUACUCCUAUGGAUGAAUUGAUUGGAGAUAGUGAUGAAGAUGAUGAAGAGGAGGAUGAAGAGGAAGAUGUCAAAGAUGAGAAAGUAUACUCUGCGAGCAGUCAUGGUUCAGGAAAAGAUGAUGAUGACGAUGAUGCUCAGGGUGGUACAGGGUUGAAAGUAUCUGAAGCUUCUGCUGAACAGAAUGUUGAUAAUUUGAUGAAUGACUCUGUGAACGAAGAAUCAGGGGGAGCUGAUAGACAGGGGGAGUCAGGUGAUGCAGAGAACGUUCAACAAGCUGAGAAAUUGAUCUUGAGGUUAGAUACUUAUCGUGAAGAAGGAUAG